GUUUCGAUGCCAUUGAUUUCUUACUCUUCUGGUUGCCUCUCUUUGGGUCAAUGCUCAUUGAAUUGGGAGUGCAAUAUUUUUUCGCAGCCCUGACUUUCAGGCCUAAUCGGAUCAUAGAUUUGGUGUGUUCGUGCUAGAUAAACGAUUAUGAGUGUGCAGUUCGCCAGUUUAUGAGUUGUGAGUUGAAAAAUUCCUGGUACGAGUGAUUUCAUAGUGAUUUCUCAGUGAUUUCUCAGUGUGUAUGUUAUCGCAGACUAUCCGCAAUCCCCAUCCAUAGGAACGUUUCUAGUAGUGUUAGCCAGACCAACAGACCAUGUCCUCCGAUCAGCCCACGUGGAAUCGUCCCAAGCCGGGUCCUAAGGCCAUGGGUGCGUCCACCACCAGUCCACCAUUGGACCCUGCCGUUCAGGCUUGGUUUGAGGACCUAUUUACCCAGUUAGAUUCGAACCGGGAUGGACGAAUUGAUCCCAACGAAUUGGCCGAGGGACUCCAUUCUUUGGGCUAUGGUCAUGUGUCCAAGAAGGAAAUGGAGGAAUUCUUGAUAAAGUCCGAUACUUCUCAGUCAGGAGACUUAGAUAAAGGCGAGUUUGUUCGUUACAUGACCAACCAUGAACGACAUCUCAGGUUGCAAUUUGCCAAAUUGGAUGAAAACCAAGAUGGCAAACUUUGCAUACAAGAAAUCAUCGGAGCUUUCAAAAAAAUGGGUAUCGUUAUCACAGAGGACGAGGCAAAAAUGCUAAGGAAAAGGAUUAAUUACCGCGAUCAGUCCAUGGAAAUCACCUACGAGGAAUGGAGGGAUUUUCUGUUGUUUCAUCCUUCUACGGAAUUGGAAGAGCUCAUUCAAAAAUGGCGCCAUAAUACUUGCAUGGACUUUGGCGAAGACAUUGGAGUCCCCGAUGAUUUCAGUGACCAAGAUAUUAUUAGUGGGAUGUGGUGGCGACAUCUCAUGGCUGGAGGUGUAGCAGGUAUGGUCUCCAGAAGUUGUACGGCCCCCUUGGACAGGCUCAAAAUCUUCCUCCAGGUCCAUGGGGGUCGAAAAUCCCUUCGUAUAAUCGACACUCUCCGGUACAUGGUGAAAGAAGGGGGCGUGACAGGAUUAUGGCGUGGCAACGGCAUCAAUGUUAUCAAAAUUGCACCGGAAUCGGCACUUAAAUUUGCGGCCUACGACUUCAUCAAGCGUCUUAUUCGCAACGACGAAGAUCGCGAUCUUAAGCUCUACGAGCGUUUCCUGGCGGGUUCGCUGGCAGGAGGCGUGUCCCAAUCUGUGAUAUACCCUCUCGAAGUUAUGAAAACACGUUUGGCUCUGAGGAAAACGAACGAGAUCAACGGCAUCUCGGAUUGUGCCCGGCAACUCUUCCGCAUCGAAGGCAUUCGAGGUUUCUAUCGAGGAUAUAUCCCCAACCUACUUGGAAUUUUACCCUAUGCCGGCAUAGACUUGGCUGUGUAUGAAACUUUAAAGCGUCAUUAUUUGUCAGAACAUUACAUGGAUGGAACGUCUUUUCCGGCGGUGUCUCUUUUGGCCUUCGGCACGUUCAGCAGUUGCUGUGGCCAAGUGGCGGCCUACCCAUUGGCCUUAGUCAGAACAAAACUACAGUCUCAAGCUGGUCUCAAUUUGAACUUGCCUCAUGAACAAACCCACGCUGUCGGCUUGUUUCGUUAUACGGUUCGCACCGAAGGAAUCAAGGGCCUCUAUCGCGGGAUUAUCCCGAACUUCUGCAAGGUGGCUCCAGCUGUUUCCAUCUCGUAUUAUGUCUACGAGCGAACCCGAGAGUACCUGGGAGUGGAAAUGAUUUAAUCGAAGACCCGACGAGCGAUUCGGAAAUAUGACAUAAAUCUAAACUCACACCAUUCAUUCAUUCAAUUCCCUUCGCUUACUCAGCCAUCGCUUUUUUAUGAUUAUGAAUUAUUUUUGCUCUUAUUUAGUGUCCUUGAAUGUGAUACAAUUUUUGCUAGAAGUUCCAUAUUUCAAUCGAAAUUGAAGGAUUGAUCCUAUUUCUCCAUCCAUUCCUUUUUCCUCUUGCUUGCGAGUCAACUUUGGACUCGUCAAAAUGGUGCUUUUUCUCCCACUAUGUAGUUGCCCGUUUACCGUACUUCUUCCCUCUUGUUCUCGUUCAUUUUCUCCAUCUUCGACUUCCUUGACCUCUGUGAUUGCAAGAUCUCUCUCUCUCUCUCUGUCUCCCUCUGAGCAAGAACAUCCAAUUUGUUAUUAUAUUCCACAACCGGUUCAAUGAUCAUUGACUGCUAGAUUAAAUGAGUAUUUGAGAAUUUCAAGUCAAA